AUGUUCAAAUUCAAAGCUAUCAAAGCAAAAGAAAAAGGAGGCUUGUUUGUAUUUUCCAAACGUAAAACAUCAGCUUCAAUGUUUGUAGCUGAGUUUGCAUUGCUAUUUGUCGAUCAUAAAUUAGCAAAGCCAUCACAACAGUUGGAUGAUAAUAUCGGAAACAUUAGGAAGAACUUGAGCAUAAGAAAUGAUGCGGGAGAAGAAAGAAGAGCAUUUCAUAUUGAAUGGAACGAAAGGGAUGAAUGUUUUUGUGUCUUGUUCGAAACAUUUCCUAAUUACCGUUAUCAGCUUGUUUGGAAAACUUAUACUUCCAAGCAAGUGUUGUGCCAAUUUAUUGUAGAUGGAGGUGAAUUUCAACAUGAACUAAGCAAACAUUCAAUGAAGGAACUUGUUGGAAAGUUGUUCGUUUUAACAGAGGAAUAUCCAGAAAUGCUCUAUCACUCGGAUACUAUCAGUUGUAAAUCUUCACCAACUGUUCUUUCAUGUUAUCAAAAAUUGUUUCAUGAAGCAAGGAAUAAUUGCAAUCAAUAUGCUUGUGAUUUAUCAAAUUUUAAAAUUGAAGGAAGUUUUAAAACAAUUCCUUCCAUUGAAGAGACAGUUUCCAAGAUAUUGGAAAUUGAAAUUUCACAACGAGACUAUUCGAAACAAAUUCAAGGAAUAUGUGAACAAUAUAUGAAAAAGUUAAAGAAAUCGGUGAGAUUUCCAAUUUAUGACUACAUUAGAUCGGUAAGCACUGGUUUCUUGGACAUGUGUCGAUUAGCUCGAAAUGGAAAUGAAUCUGCCAGAGAAUUAUGCAACAUUUUCUUAUCAUCAGUUAUUGGAAGAAGGGAUGACAAGAUUAUUACUUUUAUUGGGGCCUGUUAUUUCACAGUAUCUCGUGGAUUGACAGAAAUCAUUUCAGAUUUCCUUUCAGAGUUUAGUAUUGUCGAUCAUGAAGGAGAUUUUAGUGAUGAUAGUAGAGAAUGUUUAAUUAAUAAUAUUAAUGGUUUAAAAUCAACUCCAAUUCGAAUGUACUGGUGUCGGUCAUUAUUUUCAAAUGAAUCUGAAGAGAGCAACUAUAACACUGACAUCCUUAAUAUAGUUUAUAAUGAAAUUUAUGAGUAUGAACAAAAUAGCAAGAAAAUCGAAGAAAUCAAGUUUGGAUGUGGAAUUCCUCAACAAGUAUUUUUUAAUGCCUUUAUAUCAGCAAGAAAAGGAAACAAAGAGUGUUUGAACUUUUUCAAAUAUAUCAGUAAUCACUUGGAUGAAUCAAAUAUCAAGGCAUUGUUGUGGGCUUCAGGUUUAGAAAUUGACAUGAUUGAUUCCUUCCAAGUUUUCAGUCAAUUGAAAAACAAAUAUGAAUAUCCUUUAGCAAUUAUUUGGAUUGCAAGAAAACAAAUUAUUGGAAUUCCUGGCCUUUUAGAAUCCAAUCUACUACUGGGAUAUGAAGAACUUGUCAACCAAUAUUUAACUGGCAAAGAUAAGGAACUUGCUGCAACAAGUCUGGGCUUGAUUUUUAUUAGUAACGUACCUGGCAUUGAACAAGACUUGGAAAAGACAUUAUUUUGGAUUCCAAAAAAAUCUUACCCCAGUGUUUACAAUUAUAUUACUGUUGAGAAGGGAAUCAAAAUAGAACACUCCAAAGACUAUUUCAUUAAUUACAGACCUUCAAUCCAAAACCAUUGA